UAAUAUUUUCGUAACACCAUUUUUUGAGUUAAAUUAUUCCAUUCACGUUUAUGCUAUAGGCUCAUCGCUUACCUACUUACGAGUCACCGGCACGGCGGCACAACUCCUCCGGUCAUCUCGAUUCUCUGCGGAAAAAAGAGAUGAACAACAAAGACGAACAACACAGAGAGGAGAGAGAAGAAUCGCCUUCUCACGCCGAGCAAACAGUGUCUGAUGAUGACGAGAUAGACUACUCCGUCAAGCCAGAAUUUUAUGAUUCAGAACUUGACGACAAGGAUGAACUCUGGGUGCAGAAGAAAAGGGGUGGUCGUACUUCCGAUGCCAUCCUUAAUUGUCCAGCUUGUUUUACCACACUUUGUCUAGAUUGCCAAAGGCAUGAAAAGAAUGUUACACAGUACCGAGCAAUGUUUGUUGUCAAUUGCAAGAUUAAGAGCGAACAAGUGGCACAGCUUGGAAAUAAACGAAAGAGGGGUAAGAAAGGACGUGGAUCUGGUGAGGCUGAAGCGUUUUCUGAUAUGGGCGAAACAUUUAAACAUGUAUGCUGUUCAGUUUGUUCGACGGAUGUUGGAGUCAUCGAUGAAGAAGAGGUCUAUCAUUUCUUUAACGUUAUUCCUAGUGAGUCUUGAUACUUUCCUCCCGAAAUGGCCUUAAGCUCUCAGGAUAGAAUUUGUCUAAUAGUAUAUGUUUUCGGCAGCCCAUUGCAGAAAACUUAAGGGGUCAAAGAGCACUUUCCUUUUCUGUCUUUUUGUUUUUUCAGGAGGGUUCUUUUUUUUUUUUUUUA